GGGGGGGCGGGGACUCCGUGGAAAUGUGUCGGUGACAUUGAAUGGGGAGACCGAGUGCGAGCCAGGCGCGCGCGCGCGCGCACACACGCGCACACAGCCCCGCUCGCUCCGAGAUCCCCGGCCACGUAAGUAACUAUUAAUACCGCCUCGCCAGGAGCUGCGGGCGUGCUGAGCGCUGGGAUUGGCCUUGGACACCGUCGGCCAUCCCCUUUAAAUUUUAAAUACACAGUCCUCUCUUACCUCUGGGUGGCAAGGAAAAAAAUAAAAGAAGAAGAAAAGCCGUCAAUUUUUUUCUCCUAAACAAACCCCCGCCGGGCAAUUUGGGUUCAGGGCAGGGGGAGACGGAGUGAUUGCAAAUUAUUCCAAGACAAGAUCAGUUCUCCCGUGGAAAAGGAACGUCGCGGGUUUGCAGGGCCGGGGAAGCAUCCCCUUCCAGCACCCGCAGGACCCCCCGGAAGCUUGUGCCGGGGAAAUCGGGGACCAUUGAUCUGCCCAGGUCCCCGAACGCACUUCUUGCUUCUUUCGGAGGAAGAUUCCGAACGCGAGCGAGCGGCGACAGUAUGAGCCAGUGCUGAGCUGCGCGCGCGGGCCAAGCCCUGGGCUUUGUCGCGGUACCUGCGCCCGGCCCGCGCCGCAACUCUGCCCAGUUUUUGCAAUCUUUUGUUGGCAGCGCGGACCGCUCCAAGUUAAAUGCUCCCUUGCUAUUUUUCUUUUUUUGUGUUUAAUUUUUGGAGAGCUCUUGCGAUCUUGGAAAAGCCUCAGACGCCAUCUACAGUUAAAACGUAGGUAACUGCCCUCUCCGGCACCCCUCCUUCCACGCCCCCCACCCUUUCCACCAAAAAAGGGGGUGCAGCGCGGAUUCUGGUUGCCGUGUGUCGCGAGCCGGUAGACCCGUGCUUAUUUCCUUUUUCUUUUUGUUUGGUUUCUUAACGCGUGGAGACCGAGCCGCCGCCGUGCGCUCCCAGAAGACCGCACAAACUACAGCAGGGCUCCUCCGCCCCGUCUGCGGCUCAGAAGGCUGCCUGGGGAUCGCUCGGGGAACCCGGCGCCGCAGCUCCCCACCUUAGCAGUCCGGUUACUCAUCUAGAUCCACGUUGGGAAAAGAGAGACUGAGAAACUAAAAAGUGCGGGGAUUCUGCUCCUCGCUGGCUGCUUUGGGGUAACAAAAGGACCCGAUUGCCUGCAGACCGAGCACCCCCGGGAGUCGGGCUUGGAGCAGACGAGGUGCCCAGCGGCGCCCGCCCAUCUGGGGGCUUCUAACUCUUUCUCCACGUAGCCCCCCGCCCAUCCCCUCCCGUCUCGUUCCCUUUUUAAAUCCGUGGCAUCGAGGCGCCUGCAGCCGCACUCGUCCGCGACUCAUCUCUCCAGCAGGGUUUUUUUUUUUUUUUUUUUUUUUGUCGUGUGCGAUCCUCACACUCAUGAACAUACACAGGUCUACCCCCAUCACAAUAGCGAGAUAUGGGAGAUCGCGGAACAAAACCCAGGAUUUCGAAGAGUUGUCGUCCAUAAGGUCCGCCGAGCCCAGCCAGAGUUUCAGCCCGAACCUUGGCUCCCCGAGCCCGCCCGAGACUCCGAACUUGUCGCAUUGCGUUUCUUGCAUCGGGAAAUACUUAUUGUUGGAACCUCUGGAGGGAGACCACGUUUUUCGUGCUGUGCAUCUGCACAGUGGCGAGGAGCUGGUGUGUAAGGUGUUUGAGAUCAGCUGCUACCAGGAGUCCCUGGCCCCGUGCUUUUGCCUGUCUGCCCACAGCAACAUCAACCAAAUCACGGAAAUCCUCCUGGGGGAGACCAAAGCCUAUGUGUUCUUUGAGCGGAGCUAUGGAGACAUGCACUCCUUCGUCCGUACCUGCAAGAAGCUGAGGGAGGAAGAGGCAGCCAGACUGUUCUACCAGAUCGCCUCAGCCGUGGCCCACUGCCACGACGGGGGGCUGGUGCUGCGUGACCUCAAGUUGAGGAAAUUCAUCUUUAAGGAUGAGGAGAGGACUCGGGUCAAGCUGGAGAGCCUGGAAGAUGCUUACAUCCUCCGGGGAGACGAUGACUCUCUCUCUGACAAGCAUGGCUGCCCGGCAUACGUCAGCCCAGAAAUCUUGAACACCAAUGGCAGCUACUCGGGCAAGGCAGCGGACGUGUGGAGCCUGGGAGUGAUGCUGUACACCAUGUUGGUGGGGCGCUACCCUUUCCAUGACAUUGAGCCGAGUUCCCUGUUCAGCAAGAUCCGUCGUGGCCAGUUCAACAUUCCAGAGACUCUGUCGCCCAAGGCCAAGUGCCUCAUCAGAAGCAUUCUCCGACGGGAGCCCUCGGAGAGGCUGACCUCGCAGGAGAUUCUGGACCAUCCUUGGUUUUCUACAGAUUUUAGCGUCUCCAAUUCGGGAUAUGGUGCUAAGGAAGUAUCUGACCAGCUGGUGCCAGAUGUCAACAUGGAAGAGAACUUGGACCCUUUCUUUAACUGAGCUCGUGGCCCACAGAGACUUAGCAGGUACCAGGAGCGAGAGAGGGCCCCAGAAAGGAGUUCUUCCAGGACACAUAUGGCCUGGCCGGGCAGCAAGACAGACACUUGCACUCACACGUUUCUUGGUUCAGAGGAGGAAAACCUUCAAGGAGCUAACUAAACCUGUAGCAUGGGGAGGGGCAAGAGAUGUGGGAUAGGGGUUGGGGUCAGAUGGUGGGUGGGAGCUCCCCCCCAGCUUCUCUUCCCAGGUGCAGCCUGGGAGACCCCUUCCCCUGUUGCUAGUUGGGCCGCUUCCACCUACCCCACUUUUCAUUUUGUUAGAUAGUUGCAGAUCUUGAUAGAAUCAAACUCUCUGCCUCAAACACACAUCUUGGCAUUGCACUGUUAGCAUUUAACUUCUUGUUAUGAUUUGGGGAAGGAACAAUUGGCUGAAGACUUUUUUUUUUUUUUUUUUUAAAACAAGCCAACCACCUAUGUGAUGAUAAUGGAAUUCAUUUAAAUAAUUUGGUGCGCACAGACUGACCUGAAACCUGGGUGCUAAACUAAAAGAUAGCAAAAGUCCAGUUGGUGUCUCUUAAUCACUCUCUUCAACUCAUUUCUUCUAAAUAAACUAUUUAAUAUCCUG